GAAAUUUCUCAACAAUUCUUGUAUUCAAUUGAAAGCAUUGAAUGAAUUGUAUGAACGCAUUGACUGAUAGACUCUCACAAACAGACAGACAUAGAGAGAGAGAGAGAGAGAGAGAUAUAUACCGACAGAAACUUAAUGACUAUUUCUGUCUAAAAAGUCUUUGACUAAUAGCUGAUCCCAUGUUUUAUUGUUUGGACAACAAUAUUGUUAUCAACAAAAACAAGUAGUAGUGAUAUAUAUCUUCAAUUUGUGUGGUUAUAACAACCCGACGGUUAACAAACUUCUUCCACCAUUCGCCGCAUUCGCCGAUCGGUUAAUUGGUUUCUUUCGAGAGUCAAUCCAUUUGAAAGAAGUCAAACAUCAUCGACAACACCGACACCAACAACAACAUCACCGAAAAACUCAUCGAAAGAACAAGACCUAUUCGGCACCGACUUCUCACUAAUCAAACAACUAUCCGGAAUGGUAUCCACUGGUCCACCAACGGCGGCCAUAUCGGCCAUUUGCGGCAUUGAUGUCGGUUCGGAAAACUGUUUCAUUGCCGUUGCCCGGGCCGGCGGUAUCGAAAUAUUACUGAACGAAUACAGCCAGCGGACAACACCCGCUUAUGUGGGUUUUGGCCAAAAUCAACGCGAAUUGGGCGUAUCGGCUAAACUGAAACAUCUGAUGAACUUAAGUAAUACAUGUUAUUCGCCGAAUCGGUUGAUUGGUAAACAACUGAAAGAAGUUGCCGACGAAUUUCCCUAUCAAUUGGAACAGACCGGCAACGAUGGCCAACUGAGUGUCCAUAUCUGGCAUAAUGGCGAAGAACAUACAUUUUCAUCCGUACAGGUUCUGGCCAUGUUGUUGACCAAAUUGAAACAAGUAUCGGGCAAUGCAGUCGAUUGUGUACUGAAUUGUCCCAAUUAUUUUACCGAUGCUCAGCGCCGAUCGCUGAUGGACGCUGCCCUUAUUGCCGGCUUAAAUCCCAUACGUAUUAUACCCGAUACUACGGCCAUUGCUCUGUACUAUGGUUUCUAUCGGACAGCGCCCACUGCUCAGGAUUCGACAAUUGCUGCGUUUGUCGACUGUGGCCACUCCUCAACCCAGUGCUCGAUUGUCAUGUACUGUCACAAAGAAAAUCAGAUGAAAGUAUUGGCCGUCGAAUACGAGAUCAAUUGCGGUGGCAAACAUUUCGACGAAAUUCUGGCCAAUCAUUUCAUAGCCGAACAGAAGCUGAAACUAAACAAAAGAGGCCGAUUUCGGUUGAUUGCCGAAUGCGAAAAAUUAAAGAAACAAAUGAGCGCCAACUCCAACGAUCUACCGAUUAAUGUCGAAUGUUUGUACGAAGAAACCGAUUUUUCGGGACGUAUGGAUCGGACACUGUUUGAACAGAUGUCUCAGCAUUUGUUUCAAAAGAUUAACGACCUGUUUGUUCGGGCAUUGAAUUCCGCAAACGAUAAGUUCAAUACGGAUACCGGCGGCAAACUGGGCGACUUUCAUGUAGAUGUUUGCGAAAUUGUUGGCGGUACCAGCCGUAUACCGGCCAUCAAGCGAAUGGCCAAAACAAUUUUCGGCGUCGAAGUGACUACAACGUUGAACGCUGACGAAGCCGUGGCCCGCGGCUGUGCCCUACAGUGCGCCAUACUUAGCCCGACGUUCAAAGUGGCCCGUCAGUUGCAGAUCAUUGAUUUUGCUCCAUUCCAAAUUGAUAUCCGCUACUGGCAUCAGUCGGACGCUGGCCACGAACCCGAAUGCAAAGUUGUUCGAUCGUUGUUUCCGCGCGGACAUCCCAUUCCGUUUACGAAACAAGUUUCCAUCAAUUGCCACUCGUUGCCGAUGAUCGUAGCGUUUGACUAUGUAAACGAAUCUGGCCAAUCGGUACCCGUCGGCGAAUUUAAACUAUACACUACGCAAACGAUUCAGCUAAACAAAAGCCAACUAAAACUGCGUAUACGUCUCGAUCCCAAUGGUUUAGUUGUCGUACAUUCGGUUUCGGUUGUUGUCGACGGACAGCAAACUGCUGGCGACAAAAAAAAUGGUAACGAAAUCGAAGACAUGGAAACCAAUGAUGACAACAACAAACAGCAACAAAAUGCUUCCUCACAACAGGCGAUGGACACCGAAGAUAAUAAUACCGCCGCCGGCGUCGAUACUAAAGAGAAUAACAACAAGGAUAGCGGCGACCAGAAAGAAGUCGAUCAGAAAAAGAAUAAAAAACCAAAAUCAAUGGCCAUUGAACUGCAAGUGGAACCCCUAUGGAUCAGAGGAAAGUUAAACGACAACGACGUCCAACUGUUCAAAGAGAUUGAAUCGAAUUUGAUUUUGGCCGACAAGAACUGGAAGGAGAAGACUGACGCCAAAAACGAAUUGGAAGAAUAUAUCUACGAAUGGAGAGAUAAGAUGGAAACCGGAGGUUACGAUCCGUUUAUCGAAGACAGCGACAAACAAGUGUUUACCAGUGAUCUGCAAGCGGCCGAACAAUGGCUAUACGAACAGGAGGACAAAGACGAAGUUCACAGCAAGAGUGUCUACGAAGAACGGAUCAACAAAAUGAAAGAUGCGUUUACUACGGGAAUAUUGAAUCGAAAACGUGAGUUCGAAACCCGGCCGUCGCUGAUGGAACAGUUGGGCCGACAUUUGCAACAGUCGCGCAAACUGAUUGAAACAUCCGAUGACGACGAAAAAGAAACGAUUGCUCGGCUAUCAGCAGAAAUUGAUGCAAAAAACAAAUGGUUUGAAGAAUCGUACGCUGCAUUCAAUGCAAUGAAGACGACAGCGAAUCCGACCAUCACUUGCGAUACGAUUCAACAGCAAAUCAAUUCGAUUGACGCAACAGUUAGACAGUUGCUGAACGAGAGGACCAGAAAACACGAAGAAAAGAAACGACAAGCAGAGGCUGCGGCCGCCAAACAGACACCACCGCCGCCGGCCGCGGCGUCUAAGCCGACGGAACAGACGGCUUCUCCUUCUCCUCCUCAACAGUCGUCGGCGACACCACAACAACAACAGCCGAACAGUAGUACUGAUUCACCGCAGAUGGAGGUCGACAGCAACGACGAGAUUCAUCCAACCAUUUAAUUUCAAUAGAGAAGAGAGAGAGUUGACAGAAAUCCUAACUUAUUUUUUAAACUAAUUGUUUAAUUGAUUAUUAUUAUUAUA